UGGGUUUCCGUAUCCUGUUUUCAUCCGCUACAAUUCCACCCACCAUCUUCCACACCAGUGUUUUCUGUAGCAGCCUGCCUUUUAGAGUAUCUCCAUCCUAUGAAGGGCCAAGCUGUAAAGAUGGUGCACGUGACAGACGUUUUGGCUAUCUUGAAGAGUCCCCAGCUCUUCCACCUACAUGAUCAAGAAGAGAAUCCAGAAACCGUCCCCAUAAGCAGUCCAGGGGCUCUGAAAGCUUCUCAUGAAACGUUUAGACAUUUCCAGUAUCUUCCAGUGACUGGGCCUCACCCAGCUGUGAGCCAAAUCCAGGAGCUCUGCCGGCAAUGGCUGCAGCCCGAGACCCACACCAAGCAGCAGAUGAUGGAACGACUGGUGCUGGAACAGUUUCUGAGCACCCUACCGGAGGAGGUGCAGACCUGGGUGAGGUCAAAACAGCCUAAGAACAGCAAGGAGGCAGGAGCCCUGGUGGCCGGCUUGAUCCAAGCAUGUGGGGAGAAAGGUUUCCCUGCUCAGGACUUUGUCCUUGCCGAAAAGAGGAACACCAGAAAACAAAAGAAGGACACAGAGAUGUCUGAAAACCCCUUAUCUGCUGGACCCCAG